AGCCGUUGCUGCUCCUCAUUUUGCAUCAAGUACCUGCUGGCAUCUCUCCUACAUCUCCUUUCAGACGCAGCUUUGUCCCUGUCAUUUCUCUGUAAUCAAACAUGCCUCAAAUACUCUCCAAGAGCAAAGCACCAGGAGUUGAUUUCUGUGGAGUGGAUGGCUAUUAUUACAUUGUCCGCUCUGACCUGCGCUGCUACAUGAGGGCAACUAAUUUCAAUGGUGGCAGUCAGCUGGAACUGUUUCAGCUCCACAAUUCUUGUCAGGGUGGAGAUCACUACUUAGCCCAUCAGAAUGGUUAUUUCUAUAUCAUCAAAGGAGACAACUUUCGCCGUGUCUCUGACAUGACCAAUGAUAGUGAAGCCACAGUGUUCAGCCUUCAUCCAGACUGCCGAGGAGGAGAUCAUUAUCUAUCUUCCCAUGGUAAUUUCUACAUUAUUUUCCAGGACAAAGGCUUUUACCGCAGCGUCGCUCAUUUGGAUACAGCUGAAGAUUUAACUGACUACACCUUUCACCCAGAGUGCAAAAAUGGCCUUUAUUACUGGGGUACGAAGAAUUUCUUCUACUUUCUCAAACCCCAAAAUGAAUGGGGCAUCCAAUACCAUAGGUGCACCGACUUACACGUAAACCUUAAUGUUGCCACAUAUUCCUUCCAUGGAACUGUGGUCCCUUUUAUUCCUGGAGGGCUGGCUAUUAUUCAAGGUCCGGCUUUUGGUAGAUGGGAGGCACUCAAGACCAUCUCCAAUGAGUCCAACGCUCCCGUCGUGUGGAGCAAGAGGAUCACUAAGAAGAUGGGAUACAACAAGAUGAAGAUGGAUGCUGUGGAGAAGGCCUGGAAGAUUCAGAUGGGUACCUCAUACCAGGCAGGAGCCCUCAUUGAAGCCAUUGCCAAGUUCCAGUUCUCCCUCUCUGCUGAAUAUGGCGGACACAGUGUCGACACCACACAGGAAAACUGGAGUGACGUCACCGAGACAGAAGAAAGCAUUCAGGUGAGCCUGCAGCCGAAAAGCCAGCUGUAUAUUUGGCAGUACCAGCUGGGCUUUGGAAAGGAGGCUGUUUUGUUCUGCCGCGAUAUGAAGCUUACAGAUAGCUCCACUCCAUCCUCAAAUGUUCCUUUGCCAGCUUCUAGCACGCCUGUUGCCAAAAAGCUAACGUGAAGUCCAAAUUAGGAGGAUUGUCAAGAUCCUCUCACCCAAAACCCCUGCAUGUAUUAGGUGGAGCAUAGGGCUGUUCUUGGGUGGGUCACACUGAAUGUUUGCAUUACCAAUGCUUCCACAUACCAUUCGUGAAAUCUUUAUGAGGGCACAAUCAUGUCUUUCUGAAGAAACGGGCUGAUUCUCAGAAUAAAAAAUAAAAUGGAAUC